AUGCCCCGAACAUCCAGCGCCCGCUCGCACGCGGCCCGCACAUGCAUCGCCUGCAAGCGUGUCCCGGUCAAGGUCGACCUGCACACUCAUCCAAAAAGCGUCGACGACUAUCAGCAAUUCUUCCCUCGCUACCUUCCCUUCACCCUCAUGAACGACUUUUAUCUCCACACAGCCGCCAAACUACCCAAGCACCCUUGCCUCAUGGAUAUGCCAGAGGUCGAAUUCGAUUCUCUUGUCAGCGACGAGCAUGCUGAACUUGCUUCACAAUGGGCUGAGGACCACGUCAGAUGGUGGCUCCCAUUCACCCCAUCAAUUACCGAGGUACGAAAGCUGCGCCGGGCCGGCGCGACAUCCAACUCUCUCCUCUUCAUCGAAUCUGCCCAGUGUGAUCUUGCACUCCAGCACGCCGCCUUCCCUGUCUCCCAAGGAAACGCCGACAAGGUCGCAACGUGGACGGCGUGGUACUGCCGCAAGCUCCUUGCCGAUCCGACCGGCGAAUACCUCACCGACGCACUCCUCCUCGCAGCCUGGUUCCUACCACUGCUCCCAGACAACAGUGUCUUCCGCGAUCUGGCCACGCAUGCCCUACACUCGUGUCAGGACGACACAUUCCAGUCGCGCAUCAGUCGCGUUUGUGCUUCUGCUCUUCUCGGAGGCGCGCUGCUGAACGAUGACGAGGCUUUCUACGAUCAGAGUGCCGCCCUUCAACUGCCAUCCGUUGCAGAACUGGACGCGCUGGAAACAGAAAUCGGAACAGUCACGACUCUCACCAACCCUCAGAAGGCCGGAUGUCACGGUAUCAUCCUGCGAUGUCGUUCAUGGAUCGUGAUGAAGAAGUGCGUCGUCGACAUGGGUGACGCCCGGCGGAGUGGGGAGCCGGAGCCAAAGCAGCUUUCGCGAAUGGAUGUCGCACGAGUCGAUUUCACGAACGCAAACAGAGCCCUUUGUGCUCGCCGCGGCGCAAUCCUCUCUACGUCACCUCUCGCCGCAUGGCUCGACUUUGAGAACUGCGCACUCGACCUUCUCAUCUCGGGAAUGCUCCUCCGUUUUACACUAGGCGACGACUUUACACCGCAAUCCUUCUAUAACGUGUCGACAGGCCGGACUGGCAGCGAGGCGCUACAGACCUUCGUCGGUGUCCACGGCCCUAUCAAUGCGGAAUCGACCGAAUGCUUGCUUGCGGCUGUCUCCAAUCUGCCGACCAAGGACGUUCUGUACCCAACAACCCUUACAUUUGCAUACGCGAUGCGAGGCGUGAUCAUGGCGCUCGAGAUCCACGCAACAUCGUUUAAGCUGUGGCGACUUCCACCACCACGCGAGCCUGUGUGGAACCUCCUCUUGCGUACCGUGGAUGAUACGCUGCGCCGUCUCAAGGGCGGUGGCGGACAGGUUGCCGCACGCAUCGCGAUCGCGUUCAUCGGCGCCGCGCGGGAGACUAUUCGUCGAUGGCGCACCGAGCUCGUUCGCCGUCCCUUCAACCCCAACACCACACCCAACUACACACAUCGACAGCCACUCACACCCGAUACUCCGACCACCGCGGCAACCAAAGCCGCAGCCACGAAUGGUUUUGGCCCCAGCCCGCUCGAACACCCCAGCCUCGGCAAUGUCUUUGAGCACGUCGCCGGCUUUGAGUCGCAGGGAUUCGACCCGAUGGUUGCGUCUUUCGCAGAGUGGAUAGCCGGCAUCAACUGGAAUCAAUUCGUCAUGCCGGAAUGA